AUCAACACACCAUGCUCUAAAAUUGCCGACUAAUAAUUAACGAAUACUUCCACUGGAUGAGUAAGAUACCUGUCGAGGACGUACUUGUCAUGUUGCACAGACACAAUGGCAGACUACGGGACACAUUUUCAAACAAGAAGCGAUCGUGCCAGCAACUUUGGGAUAACCCCGACGACGAUCGGGAGAGUUCUCUCUUGCGGCUCUCUUGCAAAAUCAGUUCGGUCGGUCACGUGCUCACCCCGUCAUCGCGCUCAUAUCGUAUCGGGCGAUUGGUGAUCGCAUUAGCGCGCGGCGCGAAUUCAGUUUCACCGUGUCACAUCGGAUCGCUUAACGCUCGCGUUCGUCCAGUCGGAUAAAGUGUUAUCGACGCGACGGAUAUACAUUGUAAUAUACACCGGUAAACUCAUCGUCGGGUCUCGCGCGGCCCUACGCGCUGCAUGCGUGCACUACGCGCUCUCUCGAUUCGAGUGCAUCGCCGUCGUCGCGGCCGCGGUGGUCGCCGAGUCGGAUCACGAACGCACACGAUACUCUCGCGACGUUCUCUCUCGUCGCUCAGUCAUCGCUCGAGUCGGCACACGUAGCAUGGAGAAAUGUCGGGGAACGCUGAAGAAGGUCUCUCAGCGAGCCCGGAGAUCGAGCUGCUGCUGUCCAGUCGCAUACGUGGCGACAUGCCUACGGGCGUAUGCAUGAAAGCUCAACCUGGUGAACGGAGUGCCACGGACGAGCCGUACCACCGAGCUGACGUCUCGUCGUCGUCGUCGUCGUCGUCGUCAAGGCCGACGUCGCAGGAUAAAUACAUGAGAUCAAGUCGUAACGCGCAGGUCGAGGAACCCUCGGGCAAUUCGGGCGCCGCGAUAACGCCGCCAUCGAUUACCGUAAACGACGCCGUGGAAAAUGACGAUCCGCCACCUUACGUCGCGAUCCCGCCGCCUUACAGCGCGAUCGCGCCACCGAAUCACGUCGGCUGGCCGUAUGGUCCUUUCUCAUUCGGCAACUCGUAUUCCACGGACGCAUCGCCCUACACAGUGGAAAUGCCGUUGGCGCCUUUCCAAAGCUCUCGAGCGCCCACGGCUUUCCAUCCCGAGGAGACUAACCGCCGACACAUGUCGCUGCCCUUAACGCCUUACCGGUUCUUCAAGUUCGGUUACCGCAGCGGCUUGAGGGAAAGGUUGCCCGCGGACGACAGGAUCACCGAGAAAAUCGAAGACAGGGGAUCACGAAAAUACGGAGCUAUCCUUAUGGCAGCAGCGGUCAUCAUCUCUCUCAUGGCCUUGUCCUUGAUGGUGCGUUUCAUUAUGGAGAAAAGUUGGUGGCGGGGAUGACAAAUCGUCAUUGGAAUCGGCACUCACGUCGACAUCAUAAAUCAUGACCUAUGAGACAUCUUUGUUAAUCUGAAUUAAUUUAUUUGAUGAAUUAUUGAAUCUGUAAUUAAACCUUAGUUAAGGUGACCAGAUUUUCCAAACCCAGAUCUACGACCUUUCAUAAAUGUGUGAAGCGAAGUGGAGGAAGAGGAGACAGAUAUAUCACUAAAUAUUACUUAUAUAUAUACAUAUAAAACCAUAUUUUAUUCAUAGACAUGUGAAAAAUAACAACAGUGAAAGCUUACUGUAUAGAGUAAAAGUAGAACCUGUCGUUAAGAUAAAAUUUUUGUUAUCCUUAUUUAAAAUUAGGAAGAAGAAGCAAAAUUGCUGUAUUUACUAGAACUGUGAAUUUUCUUGAGAAGAUUUUUUUUGUCAGAAGAAUUUUAAGAAUCCUCUAAGCCGGGAUAAACCGGGGUACUUUGACCAAAUCUCAGUUAGUGUAUGAAAAAAUCUAGAAAAAUUCAGAACAAAAGAAAAACGAGACGUCUGGUCACCUUACUUCAAUGCAAUGUAAAAAAAAUUGUUUUCGAUCAAUUUCGCGAACGUGUUUAUCUCUACACAUGUUUACUCUGCACGUGUUUAUCUCUACAUUAGGAGGAGAGAAAAAUUUAUAUUACGUCAAAGUUAGAUGUUUUCAGUUCCCGACCUCUUCCUAUUUCGAUAGCACAAUCACGCGGUUUGUUCAUUCUUCAAUAGAGAAGUUGUGAAUACGCAUCAGCGAAUAAUGAUCAUAUUAAAGACGCACUUAUAUUAGUACUAUGUAAUAUCUUUAUAUCGUAGAGCAGAGGUUAGAGCAGAGGUUAUCGCAAUGUUUCGUGCGAACAUAAAAUUUUUUAAUUCUCUUUCUAACGCACGAUAACGUUUCCUCUAGAAGAUAGAAUAAUAUACGAGUACAUAACAAAUAUAAGUUUAUUUUAUUGGAUAUGAUAGUUGUACGUUAAGAUAAUAAUAACUGAUAUAUAAUGAUAAAAUGAUAGAUAAUAUAAAUUUUGAUAUUGACAAAUAUACAUAUGUAUAUGUAUAUAAGAUAAAAUGUAUAUGUAUAUAUGUAUAUAUCGCGACUUGUGUCAUAAUAUUAAAUACGUGAUUAAAUA